GAGCAGAGAAAACAAGCUUGCAAGGUCUCUGUCAGGACUCUGCUCGGGAGAGAGAGAGAGAGAGAGAGUAUGACGAACGGUCGGAAAUCCACGCCGGAGGUCGGGAUUCAGAUGCCGGAGGCAAAGAUCGCGGCGGAAUCUGCCACCAUGAGCGGCCCACUCGUGCCAGUCUCCUCCGGUCCUGACCGGAAGUUUCGCCGGAAAUCUGACGCCGCCUACGUGCUCCUCCGCCUCCUUUGCCUCAUCUCCUCCACCGCCGCUCUCUCUUUCAUGGUCAGUGCCGAGCAGUCCGCCACCAUUUCUGUGUACGGUUUCGAGCUUCCGAUCUCUUCCAGGUGGUCGUAUUCCGACUCCUUCGAGUUUCUGGUCGGAAUCUCAGCGGCUGUUGCUGCCCAUUCGCUCAUGCAGCUGGUGCUGAGCAUCGCAAAGCUGCUGAAGAAGUUGCCAGUCAUACCUUCGCGUAAUCACGCCUGGAUAAUAUUCGCUGGGGAUCAGGUUUUUGCGUAUGUGAUGAUGAGUGCGGGAUCAGCUUCAGCAGGAGUGACCAACCUGAAUCGCACGGGGAUCCGGCACUCAGCUCUGCCAGACUUCUGUAAGCCAUUGAAUCGCUUCUGUGACCGAGCAACAGUUUCCAUAUCCUUUGCUUUCUUCAGCUGCUUCUUGCUGGCUAGCUCGGCUGUUCUUGAUGUGCUCUGGCUCUCCAAGUACUAAAUUCCAUCACAUGUACGUCUUCUUAUACUUGCUACGCUUGCUACAUAGGAAAUACAUGAAUUUUGUAGGUGUGUGCUUAUCCUUUGUAUAUGUGGAGAACUGACCAUUUUCUCCUCCACGGUUUAGAAAUGUCAUGAUACCUUUCCUUUUGAA